AUGGCGAUCGACAAUGCGUUCACCACCUUCUCGUCCACGUCCUCCAACUUGAACUUUCUCUCGGGCUCGUCCUGGUUCAGCAGGUACUCUGGCAGAUCGACCUUGAACCAUUCAUCUUCUAGAAUCUCCUUGAUUGUGAUUCUGUUGAGCGGGUUCACCACCAGCAUUUUCGUCAGCAAAUGUUUCGCGCCGUCCGACAAGUCGUGCGGCAGCGUGUACACACCGUUGCUGAUCUUCUUGAACAAUGCGGGGAUCAGCUCGUCGUCAAACGGUAAUCGACCACACAACAUCACGUACAAUAUGACACCGCAGGACCAGACGUCCACCUCGGGACCAGCGUACAAUUUGCCCGAAAUCACCUCCGGAGCAGCAUAG